GUGUCAUUCUGCUCGUUACUGUAAUUUUUUCACUUCUUUUCCUCAGUAGACCAACCCUCUGGCACACUUCCUGCUGGCUGUCUGUUCCAUUGGCCCCCUCGGUUGUGUACCGGCCGCUGCUACCCACCAACGCUUCUCUCGCUGCGCUGCACUAGCAGCAGCCCUUUCUCCGCUAUUACUUACAAUGUACCUAGGUGCCGUGGGCCGUCCAGUGCGCUAGCAGUCCAGCCCAGCCCCGAAAAAAAACCUAAUAGCGCCAAGGAUGACUUAGUUGGCCUGCUUCUUACGGCUGUCUCCCCCGCUGGCUGGGCCCUGUCCUUUCAUCUGCCCCCCUUUCGUAUUAGCGCCUCCGUCCGCCUUUUCCCUGCCACAAACCCUUUUCCUCUUCCUCCCCCAUAUUCACCGCAGAACAUCUACACCACCACCACCACCAAACAACAAACUCGCCGCGUCCGCAACACGUCCGUGAUACCCGGUUCAAUACGCAAGUGUUGCUCGAAUCCAUCCGAAAUCGCCUUCACUACGCCGCGUGCAUUUUGAUUGUAUUUCUUUUUGGGUCCGCCUCCCGCUCGCCGCUGCUCGUCCGCUCCGCCCUGGGUUUCCGCAUCUUCAGCACUUUUUGAGCCACAUUGUCUCGCAUCCAGCCCAUUGUUCUCGCCACGUCCCCCAGGCCCGCUUGAUUCAGCACCCUCGACAACUUCUUUCCCAGUAUCCCAUCAUCGUCAUGUUUUCCGCCCCCCAGCUUAUUACUGGUUUGCUACACGGCUGACGAAACGACCUGCAUCUCGCUCUUCAACUCAUAUUUACUCCCGCACGAGACGCCUGCUUGUGCGCUUCGCCCAUCGCCGCUCUCACUGCUACAUACUCCUCUUAUUAAGACUCACAUUAAUCUCUCACCAUGAGAAUAAACACGCAAGCGCUGCUCCUGGUGGCCCUGUACUCGGCACCGUCCGAGGCCACACCUAGAAAGAAUAAUAAUUACACCGGUAUAAUACCGCUCUACAGUAAAUCCAACGAAACAAGACCUUCAUCUACGCCUCUAGAGAUUGUCAUCGCAAAGUCCUCCUCGGCACCUUCUUACUCAAUAGAGCCCUUCUCAACAGUGCAACCGGCAAAUCUAUCCAUCUCAACUCCGCUCUCAAAGCCCACUACUUUCGACACACUGGUAUCAAGUUCGCCAACAAACAAAGGAGGCCCGCCUCGUCUGUCUGUUCCAACUUUGGCGGCCAACCAUACCGGCAAUAGCAACAGCAACAGCAACGGCACACAUGGCCGACCGUCGUUUAACAUCCUCAAGCCUACAGGGCCUAGCACCGCUCCAAAGGAGUCUCCUCUAUGCAUGUACAACGGUACUGCUUGCGCUACUCCUCCAUCUUUCCCCCCAGACAUGCCUGUAUCGGACACGCCUCCAACAAAGACACGUCCUCAUGGCCACCCUCCUCACAACACCACAGCACCGCCUUGCAUUCAACCGGUGUCCGGUACUGUGAUUGAAUACUCGAUUAUAUAUCCGUCAACAGUUACUUUCACGGGUAACAGAUCUGAUUAUACACCUCCAUAUGAGCCUAUUCAUAUUCCAACUUACUGUGCCGCUAACAAUGUCGAAUCGGGCGGCGCGACAUAUUCUGCAUUUGGCGCUGACGCCACCACAUACCACAGUGAUAACUCCUUGGUAGUUGUUUACAGCACAAAUGGCCAGACUAAGACUACUACACUUCCCGCCAAGACACCAAAUGCCGUCCCAUCGCCUGCUUUUCUCACCUCUCAAACUCUGAUCACGUCGGAAAAGAACCCGGCUGUGGUGUAUACCACAGAUCCUCCAGCAGACUAUUCGCAGCCGUGGGACAAGGUGAGCUCUCCUCUUGGCGGUACUCGACCAACUGGAAAGCCCAACGGUAGCGGAAACAAGCCCAACGAGCCCGAUGGCGUUGUGCAACCGUCAUACUACACCAUUACCGCUGGAGCCACUGCCGUCACUAUCAACCACGAUACAUUUACUGCUGGGCCGGGCGAAACCACCACUGUUAUCGUUGAGCACGGAACCUUUACCAUCAACCCUAGCUCCGUCAUUGGUGCCGGAGAGACCGUACGCCGUCCGGUGCCUGUGCCCGUCCGCACAACUCUGGGCGGACUGCCUGUUACCGAGUCCGGAGGCAACGUUAUUAUCGACGGCCACACAUUAACCAAGCCUCCUGGCCCCAGCUCAACCAUCGUCGAUGGCAAGGCCGUCGUCAUCAACCCCAGCGGCGUGCUGGUUGGCGACCAAAGUCUAGACUUUGCAAAGCCCACCGCAAUGGUGGUCACUGGCGGCGAGAUGCUGACAGCCAUUGGCAGCAACAUCCUCGUGCUUCACUCAACCACCAUUACAUACGGCCCAGGUUCUCCUGAGCAGAUUACAGUUAUUAAUGGCGACACCGUUUCCGUGGAACCCACGGGCAUUGUCGUCCACGGCCACACUCUGGGUGGCCCAUCCGCCAAGGCCACCGACACUCGCUACGAAAUUGUCGGCGGCGCCACCAUUGGAAAAAUCCCGCCAUCCAUGGUGGUUAUCAACGGCGCAACAUAUGCCGUUGGCCCCGGCACUGGCGAAAGCACUAUUAGCGCUGGCAACGAAAUGAUUACGCUUGGCCCAGCCGGCGUUGUCAUGGCCAGUAUGACUCUGAGCGUCCCCUUUGACGACCCUGUCGUGACGACUAUAUCAUCGACAGGCAAGCCUUUGUCUACGCUCACUAAUGAAGAGAACGGAGCGGGCUCUACACAGCCCAACCUGCGCUCUCAUACGAUUUGUAUUUGCAUAGCGAUUGGCGUUUUGGUUCUCAUGUAAUGACGAGGCCUGCUUCUCUUUUGGCCUCUCUAAUCUGGAGUUUUGGGGUUCAGCAGGAUCUGGUCUCUCGUUUUUACCUUUUGGGAGAAGGAACGCGUCUUUGUUCAUUGUUUUUUCUUCAUUCUUCUCAAAAUCCUUUUUAUCACGGGAUUACUUUUAUGUCUAUUUUCUCAGCUAUUAACUAGACGCCGCCGACGACGACCCUUUUUUGGAUUGAGAGAGGGCUCUUCCUGUAUAUGAUCCGCGAACGACGCCAUAUUUUUGUUAGAUAGUUUUUGGCUCUUUGGGGUGCAUUUUGUUGUUUAUUUUUAUUUUCUGACAGCCAUUUCCACAAUACCUUAAUUCAAAAGAAUUUUUUGAUUAUACUACACAUGAUUAUUUCACUUCGCUGCGGCUUUCUACGGGCUAACAUUCAUAGACGCCGUGAUUGUGACACUGACUGUCAAUCAACAAAAAUUCAUAUUAAAACAGCGGUUGCACCGCAGGCUUGAAAACUCUGCACCAUGUCUAAAAAAAAGGACACGAUGCUAGAAACAAGACAAAAUGUUCGCUACAUCUGCCAAGCGCGAAUGAAAGAAAAUAAAUAGCCAGUGGCACCGUCUCACCCGCCACUCACACCACGAUCCAACGGCAUUACGUACGAUCGUAUUACCUCAUUGGGGCCUUCCCCUUACCAGAGAGGUCGUGGUUCAGGGCCGGGAACUCGUCUUCCGACUUGAGUGAGCUCGACAACGGCGCAAGGCCCUCUUGGUCCUGCAGACUCAGGCUAAUGGCAAAUGCAAGGUCAUCGUCAGCUGUCAAUUGGUACGUGGACACACCGGGGCGCAGCGAGGCAUUGCCCAUGAUGCGACCGCUGGGCGAUUGGGGACCGGAGCGGGGUGUUUUGGUCUUGCGUCCGCCCUUGGGCUUGUACUUGACGACAAAGUCAAAGUCAUCGGUACCUUGGCUGCGGGCCGAAGGCGACGCUUCUACGGUUUCCAUAAGCGAGAGCCGCAACGCCUGCUGUAGAUGCUCAUCAUACUCGUCCUCGCCGUCGGUAGUUAACAUGGAGACGGGGGAUUUUUGCUCAAUGAUGCUUGGUUCAGGCGUGACAUCGCUGAAGGAAGAAGCCGUGUCUAGGUCUGCUCCUGUAUCUGCGCCCGAGUCGCUGGCUCGUCUCUGCUCGUCAGCAGCAUAUGACUCGCUCGACAGAAUUUGGGCAUACUCGAGCGCUUCCUGCUCGGUCAAGUCCCCAAAUGCACCAAAGCGUGCCUGCAUGCGCGACAUUUCACGUCUACGCUCCUCGUUGGAUCGAAUCAUCUCCUUUUCUUCCUCGGCAAUGAAGUCCGAGACAUGAUUGGCUUGUCGCCUGCUUGCCAAGCGGGCAUGGGCAUCACCGUGUCUUGUGCGCCGCUUGCGACCCUUGUUAGGAUUCUGAGCGCUGUAUGACCAACACUUGAGGAGCCAUCCAAAUGCGACGAUACCGCGGAGGUUUGUGGCAUCUGGGUCCAUGAAAAUGGCGCCUGCUUGCGUACCGCAGUCGAACCCAGCUUCAAGGGCAGGGAGAUGGCGUAGGCGUCGAUGGAUUGGGCCCGUCGAUUUGCUAUUCAGAGUCCGCACUGCGUCAGACAUGGAAGCGAGAGGAUCCCAUGCUUGGACCAGUCCAUCGCUGCCGCCAUGAACAAUGUAGAGAGACGAAGCAGCUACGCAUUGAAUUGCGGGGGAUGACGUCUGAAUAACCCGGAUUGGGCUGAUAGGUUCAUCGUUCUGGCGUGCUCUGCUAUUCCAAGCCAGCACUGCACCACACUCGGUUCCAACGACAAGGUAGCGAGCCCGCCUUCCUGGGAUUCGCUUUUGCAUGAAUUCAUCAUUAGCAUCUACCUUUUCUCCUUCCGGGGGGGUGCAGAGAGGGUCUUCUGCCAUGGUAUAGAGUGAAGGUGUAGAGUUAUCAAGCGCUGAUGAUGAAAGAAUAAUUUUGGCAAGAUUAUUAAAACCUAGUGGCUGAGAGACCCAGUGAUGCUGAUCAAUGAUGUUGGGCAAGUUAGAAAUAGCGGCGUGUUGGACAGUGGCAGUUCCACCGAAAAUGGACGACCGAAGAAUUGGUUCAGGUUGUUCAGCCUCAACGACCUUGACACUUCUCGUGAAUCGAGUGAUUCCAGUAGGUUUCCCAUGGCCACAGUCGAAAACGAAAAUGUACUCACCAGCCUCUUGACCGUCAUCAGCGGCGAAAUCUACCUCUAGACGGCGGCGCAUGUCCCAGUGCUGGCAUGUCUGCCUGAAAUAGCUGGGUUGGCAUCGUAACAAUUCAUUGACGAUGUUGACGUCGGGCACGCUGUCGCCGGAAUUGUCAACGCCAUCAUUGGUAAGACCCAGGGCUUUUUGUACCUCUGUAGUGGAAAGAGACGACGGCUGGCCGAUCUCAUCGACUAUUGCGGUACGGCGAGUUUCUUGAAGCAACUUCCAAGGUGCCUCGUAGCCCACCUUCCAUGCAUCAAUGGAAGCAUUGCCGGUGGCGGCUUGUGUAGGUAGGGCGACAGGAAGCUGGGUCAAGUAAUAAACCUCGCCAAGAGCGUUCAGCGCUACGGCCCAUACUCGAUUAGAGGCUUUUCGCUUUAUGCUGUAGUUGUCAUCGACCUUGAUGGAGAUGAUCGGGACACCAGGGCUUACAGCCCAGCGCACAGUCAUGUAAGCUUGACGAAACUUGGGAUCCGUGUUGAUUGCGUAGGCAGUAACAAUUCCCAAGGUUGACCCAGUGAACAUCCCAACCAUAGAAUUGGAAAUGGUGGGCAAGGCAGGCGAUUUGGCGAUCCAGACGCUAGAGAUACCUUCCAGGAGCGAUGGUACAUAGGGAACGUCUGCUUGUCCAACAGGGAUACCAUCAUUGGACUCAAGGGUAAUGCGGGCACUGUCCAGAGGGGCACGAUAAAAUGCUUUACCACCAGGGAUGGCCUGGCCAGCAAGCAUGCCGUAUGCUUGGCUGACAUCCAUGACAUUGUCAGUCGCAGCCGGCCCGAGUCCAAGGCCGUGGUAAUUAUGGGUAGCUUCUGUUGCCCGUGCAUCUAGAUCAAGGUUGGUCUCUUCGAAGCCCCAUUUACUGACUUUGCCAUUGGUUGGGUCGCUCAUGGUAGCCACACCAAACAUGCUAGCGCCGUGAAUGGCGCGGGGCCCCUUGUUACCAUUGUCAAAGAUGGCAUCGAUGCAAGUGACAGUCCAUGGAAGUCGGGAGUUGUAUGUAAGUACUGCAGUCGACUUCUUGUCUGCUGACCCCGCUCGAAUGGGAGAGUCAAUACCACCCGACUUUGACUUGCUGGGCUUGCCACGAGCAAGGCUGCUCAGCAGUGUUGUACGGAACAGGUACUCGCUUCGCCAAGUUGCGAGGGCUGUCAGUCUGCUGAAGUAGCGCGCUUCAGAAAGGACAAGCUCUGUAGAUGGUGCAAGAGAAGUAUCCUUUGUAUUACGGGUGAAGUGGUCCUGUAGUGCCUGGUGUCCGGGAAAGUAGCGAAAGAACGCCAUGCGCCAGAGAUGCUGGGACGUAGUUAUGCUAUAGAAUCGCUUCGAGACUAGGCCGACGUUCCGCUGUGAGUCGGCAUGCAGGUACGAGAAGAUAUGCGUGAGCACCUCUACGGCCGGCUGUUAGCAGAAGCGCAAAGUGGAAACCAAGUGAGGGGUUACAAACCGUUGGGAAAGUCGAGGACAUGCGGCCCAUUUCCAUCGGAAGUUGCACUCUUGACUAGGCGGAAGCCUAGUGCCUUCUUGGGCGUGUUGCUGAGGCUUGAAUUUUCAUAUUCCGAGAUUCUCUGGCCGUGGACAAAAGGGUGGUCGCCGUUGGCGGCACGCAGACUCAGGCCAUGUAGAAGCCGGGCGAGGUCAGCGGCAUCGUUGGCGAUAGCAUCGCCGCGGACAUCAUCGGAGCAUUCUGAGGGAGCUCUUGGAGAGUCUUCAGAGUCAUGGUGCUGGUAGCCAUGUUCGAAGGGAGAAGAGGGAAUAGAAGUGUUUGGUAGAUGCGCGGGCUGUUGGUCACUCUCCAGGGGCUCUGAUUGCAUAAGGCUGAGGCAAAGUUAUGUUGAAAACGAAAGAAUAGACUGUGCUUAAAGACCUAUGCACAGUCGAAUGGGUUUCAGUUGGAAGCGAGCGAGCGUUGAUUUUACGAGCAGAAUUCGGUAGCGAUAUUCGUUGAUGUUGAUAAAUGACUGUUGUGAUGGAUAGCAAAACGGCCGCGUCUAUAGCGUGUUGGAGUCAUCUCGUCACGCUCCACCUUUUUUAGAGGCAGUUUGUACCGAGAAUGAGCCGGGCCCUCUACGUACAGUUAGCGUGGUUAGUUAGUGUACGUUAACUAAGUGUUAGUGGGCAGAAACACUACGCCCGCUAUACGAUGUCAACAACACUAUCGCGAGCUCCAAAUCGUGACAUCCAUCCAAGGAAAGUUGAUUAGGAGUUCCAUAAAACCUGCAUUAUUCCCGUGAAUGCCUAGAAGAGCGUGCGCGAAACAAAAAAACAUAUGCUACCUAGAAAACACAAAAGGCCUCUUCUUUUCUCCAACUGGUUGCUGCAUGCGUUUCGAGGCAACUGGUGCAAUUUAAGAUUGCGAUAUACAUUGCGAUAUACAUUGCGGUUAACCAAACAAGACUCAUCCUGCACUGGCUUGCGUCCUGUCUGCAGAACUCAUACCACUCGGCCGCAAUGAACAGGCCAUAUUGAGCUGCAGCUGCAGGACGGCGGCUCGUCCCACUAGCUUCCGUCUCGAUCUCGCAGGCUCCGGCUCUUUGCGUGCCCAAACUGCCGGGUCUUGUUCCAACGGCUGGCCCUCGAAGGAGUUCCACCAGAUUACAGUCUAGUAUUAUUGUGGCUCGACUAGUACAGUAAUCGGAAGCGAGGCUCCGUGUAAAGAAAGUAUCGAUACACCACUAAGUCAAUGCUGCACACCACCUCUGGUUACAGCUCGGACGCAGGACCAGGGCGUGCGGCCGCCGAACCAGGUGCGCAACACGCGACACCCAGCUUGGGUAAGCAGUCUGGGUGAAGUCAAAUGCUCAAUGGUCGGGACAUGGCGUUGACAGAUGACAGACAUGAUAGAUUCCGACG